AUGGAAAGUGCACAUCUGCCUAUCAUCAGUCCCGAACUAGCUGAUCAUGUUGAAGAAUCUAGGGAGGCCGACGUUGUAAAGGCUGGACUCAGUGUUGUCCACAUCAAAGCCUUGAGCCCAGACUACCAACUUGACCUCGAAGCCCUGGUCACGCCUCAGCUAAGUUGUGAGAUAAGAGAAUUUGUCUUCUCUUGUGAUCUUGACAGUAUCCUUCUGGGCGAAUUUGCACUUCCAUCAGUGGAACAACAAGCUCUUUUGCUGCUGGACGGACUCAAAAAGCAUUUGGAAAACAACCAAAGUAAGAAGACACAACAGCUUUGCAUAUUUGUUGCGUACGACCUCGGUGCAUUGGUCUUAAAGAAUGCUAUCUCCAUUGCGUAUCUCGAGCAGGUCAACUGGUCUGGUAUCAUCGACACCGCAGUACAGUUUGUAUUCUGGGAGAGCUUUCACCGAAGACAGAAUGUGUAG